AUGAGUCAAAACGACAGAAAACCAUUUUCAUAUUUCGGCUCGCAGCCGUCACAGAGCUACCAGACACCUUUCCUCUCCAACUAUUCAAACGCCAACAGAAAUACCGGUUUAUUCGAGCAGAAGGGUACCGCUGAUGCGAUGACUAAUGCCCAAUCGAAUUUGGGCACUGACGGACUUUUUAAAAGUGGUUUUGGUGCUGGCACCAAUCCUUUCUCUACGACCAAUAACUAUUUCUCUGCGGAUAAUAAGACUGGCACUUACCAGCCUACAACGAAUUUCGGAGUGUCGGGAACUCGAUAUACACCAUUGACAGGUAGCACUACGUACGAUACACCGGGUUAUUCAUCGUUUAAAGCACCAUCUGCCACCACGUACGACUAUACCAAACCGUCAUGGCUUGCAUCAUCAGAAAAGCGCGGGUCAUCAGUUGAGACGUACAAGAAGACGCACACCCGAGAUGAUUCUAUGAGUUUGGUUGAGUUGGUCGAUAUAACGGCCAUGAAUUGCUAUAAUGGUAAGAGCGUUGAUGAGAUUCGCCACGAAGACUACGAACUGGGAAGGAAGAGAGCAGUCUCGAAGCUUUCAACAACCGGUACCGGAUUGUUUGGUGGUAUCUCCAACACUGGAUCGGCGCAGCCAGCGAGCGCAGCACAGCCGAGCUUUUUACAGGGCUUGUCCUCCACAGCACCGGGCAAUACCAUUGGUUCUGCAACGAGCAGUGCAUACAAUCCUAUAUCAGCGCCGAGUAGUUUUUUGCAGAGCAACAGGCCUGCCGAUACAGCUGUCCAGCCCACACAGAGCAUACCGUUCCAGUCACAGAGUAUUGCGAGUCAGCCAAUGCAAACUCAGUCCUUCCAUGGACCGACUGCCAGUUUUCUACAACCCGCACCAACACAGCCCUCUUUCAUGAAUACUCAACCUGCAAUAAGCAGCUCAAACGUACAGCCAUCCACAUUUGUUCAGCAGCCCGCUCCGUACACACCACAGCCGUAUUACACAUCUGUACCGCCCGUUAGUGGGCCAGCUGUACAGCCCACGGUGUGCAAUUACAAUUUGAAUGAUCCUUAUCUGUUCGAGGGACUGACAUUCGAACACAUAGAAAAGCCGAGUAUCAAAUUGAAGAAGAACUUUUACAAAAGCAUUUUUAACGUACGUGAGCCCGACAAUAAGCCGUUCAUACGGAUGAACAAGCAUGCAAAUGCCAAACCAUACAGCAUACCUAAAUAUGAAGACGUGGUGGAGCAGAGCCAGGUGUCAAAUCCGAGCAUAGUGUUUCCCGGUAAAGGAAAGAUAGAGUUUUUGGAAAGUAUGGAUCCGUAUCUGCUGAGAGAGGAUAGCAUUCAGAGGUACGUAUUUGAUAGCAGAGGCGUUUCGAGCGUGUUGGGUAAGAGGGCACGUGUUUACGUUGAGAAUGUAAAGCCUGCCAGACGGGAGAAUGUGGAGCGGUUUAUUUAUGAGCUUAAGAAUGACAGGCACAAGAGAUUUGUGGACUAUAACGUGGAAGAUGGCAUUUAUGUGUACGAGAGUGAUAAGGUUUAAGGCUUGUGAUUGUUUAAAUAAAGACGCA